AUGACGGAGAAGCGCACCUUCUCGGGCGUCCCGCUCUCGGCCAACAAGGCCGUCAACGGAAAGGACAGCCAGGUCUCACAGCGCAUCAAGAACUUCUUCCGCAUAAACAGCAACGGCGAUACCCGCAAGCACUCAGAUGAGUCCAACGCGACUGCCCCUGCAUCCAAGAACGAAAAGUCCAGUUUCCGCCAGUCGAGGUUCCUUCCUCACAUCUCCCGCAAUCGCUCGCACACCGUCGCGAGUGAGGGCAACCCGUUGGACGACUCCGCCUCGCCUACCGCCAAUGCCAAUCCAUACUUUGUCCACCAAGGACCCCCCGCCCUCCGCCAUCACAAUGAGGGUAGCGUUCCUCCGUCUCCCCCCGACACGCCAUCAAUACCGACAAUAAAGACAGAUGCCGCAAGUGGUGCGAAUGACCAGGCUACAGCAGCCGGUAAGGAGGAACUGGCGAGGAAACUGCGAAGAGUAGCUUCUGCGCCCAAUGCUCAGGGACUGUUUUCAUCCGGAAAGUCAACUGAACGACCACAGACUGCCGAACUUGGCAAGCAGCCGGUGUUGCAUCACCCGAACUCGUCGACAUUGAGCAUGGUGGAGACCAACGUGCCCGACCCAACCCAUCUCAUACCCGUCGAGACCGGCCAGCCACUCCCUACACCAGGCCAGAUCCGCCAGUCUGUAGCUUUCCGGAGAACAUACAGCUCCAAUUCCAUCAAGGUCCGCAAUGUCGAGGUGGGGCCAGGAAGUUUCGACAAGAUCAAGCUGAUCGGAAAGGGCGAUGUUGGAAAGGUGUACUUGGUGCGAGAGAAGAAAUCGAGCAGGCUGUAUGCUAUGAAGGUGCUGAGCAAGAAGGAGAUGAUCAAACGAAACAAGAUCAAGCGAGCCCUGGCUGAGCAGGAGAUUUUGGCAACCAGCAACCAUCCUUUUAUUGUUACUCUAUACCACUCCUUCCAGUCGGAAGAUCACCUCUACCUAUGUAUGGAGUAUUGUAGUGGUGGCGAGUUCUUCCGCGCUCUACAAACACGACCGAACAAGUGCGUAGACGAAGAUGCAGCGCGCUUCUACGCGGCUGAAGUCACGGCUGCAUUGGAGUACCUGCAUUUGAUGGGCUUCAUCUACCGAGACUUGAAGCCAGAGAACAUUCUGUUACAUCAGUCUGGACACAUUAUGUUAUCAGACUUUGAUCUGUCAAAGCAGUCUGACCCGGGGGGUCGCCCAACAAUGAUCAUAAGCGGUCGCAACGGUACCUCCUCAAGCAACCUGCCGACGAUCGACACCAAGUCAUGCAUAAAUAACUUUAGGACGAAUUCAUUUGUAGGCACAGAAGAGUACAUCGCGCCAGAGGUCAUCAAAGGCUGCGGACAUACCAGUGCAGUCGAUUGGUGGACUCUUGGAAUCUUGAUCUACGAGAUGCUGUACGGAACAACCCCAUUCAAGGGCAAGAAUCGUAACGCAACCUUUGCCAACAUCCUCCGCGAUGAGGUGCCGUUUCCGGACGGCUCUGGUGCGCCAGCAGUGUCCAACCUCUGCAAGUCUAUCGUCCGUAAGCUCCUGAUCAAAGAUGAAACCCGUCGACUUGGCUCGCGCGCCGGUGCCUCGGACAUCAAGACGGCGCCCUUUUUCCGUACCACGCAAUGGGCAUUACUACGUCACAUGAAGCCACCCAUCGUCCCACACCAGGGCCAGGGUGUAGAAACGCCCAAUUUUCGAAAUGUCAAGGAAAGCCAGAGUGUAGACAUUGGAGCCGCCAGGGUCAAGGGUGUGCCUCUCGAUUCUGGUCUGGCCACUCCAAUGGGCGAGCUUGUAGACCCAUUUGAGGAGUUCAACAGCGUUACCCUCCACCACGACGGGGACGAUCAACAGCAAUAA